GGAUGGAAGGGGAAGCAACAGGCCAGAGAGGAGGCAGGUGCCACACAAGCAAAGCCUGCAGACUGUGGCUGGGGCCGUGAUGGACAAGACAGGGCACCUAGAGAUGCCGACACCUCUCCAGACAGCAGUGGAGGUCCCCAAGUGGCCAGGCUAUGCUUCACCCCACGGUCCACACAGCAGAGCUGUCAUGGUACUGGGGAUGCUGGCUGUACUGGGGCUCAGCUUUGUGACUCUCACCCUGAUCCUGGGGCAAGUGCCCAUUUCCCUCACCAGUCAUCAGAUGUGCCCUGAGAAAGUGCCCUCCAAGUCCUGGGAGGUCCUGGGAAGAGGCGCUGGGCAGCAGAGUAACUCUUGUCAGCUCAUCCUUGUGGAAAGUAUCCCCCAGGACUUGCCAUUUGCAUCUGGCAGCCCUGCUGCCCAGCCCCUGGCCCAGGCUUGGCUGCAGCUUCUAGACUCUGCUCAGGAGAGUGUCCAUGUUGCCUCAUACUACUGGUCUCUCACUGGACCUGACAUUGGAGUCAAUGACUCAUCUUCCCAGCUGGGAGAAGCCCUUCUACAAAAGUUUCAACAGCUCCUGACUAGGAACAUCUCCCUGGCAGUGGCCACCCACAGCCCAACAUUGGCCAGAACAUCCACUGACCUCCAGGUCUUGGCUGCCCAUGGUGCCCAGAUACGACAGGUUCCCAUGAGGCACUUUACAGGAGGUGUCCUACACUCCAAAUUCUGGGUCGUGGAUGGGAAGCAUGUCUUCGUGGGCAGUGCCAACAUGGACUGGCGGUCCCUGGCUCAGGUGAAGGAGCUGGGUGCUAUCAUCUACAACUGCAGCCAAUUGGCUCAAGACCUUGAGAAAACAUUCCAGACCUACUGGGUGCUAGGGACUCCCCAAGCUGUUCUCCCUAAAACCUGGCCUCGGAACUUCUCAUCCCACAUCAACCGCAUCCAUCCCUUGCGAGAUUUCUUUGAUGGGGUUCCCACCACAGCCUACUUCUCGGCCUCCCCACCCUCAUUCUGCCCCUAUGGCCGAACCCGGGAUCUGGAUGCAGUGCUGGGAGUGAUGGCAAGUGCUUGCGAGUUCAUCUACGUCUCAGUGAUGGAGUACUUCCCUACCACGCGCUUCACUCACCCUGCCAGGUACUGGCCCGUACUGGACAAUGCACUACGGACAGCGGCCUUCAGUAGAGGUGUGCAUGUACGCCUACUGAUCAGCUGCUGGUUCAACACAGACCCCACCAUGUUCUCUUAUCUGAGGUCCCUGCAGGCUUUCAGUAACCCCUCAGCUGGCAUCUCCGUGGAUGUGAAAGUCUUCAUUGUACCUGUGGGCAAUCACUCCAACAUCCCAUUCAGCCGUGUGAACCACAGCAAGUUCAUGGUCACAGACAAGGCAGCCUAUAUAGGUACCUCUAACUGGUCAGAAGAUUACUUCAGCAGCACUGCUGGUGUGGGCCUGGUUGUCAGCCAGACAACCCCUGAUGCCCAGCCACACGUGACCCCGGUGCAGGAGCAGUUGAGGUGGAUCUUUGAACGCGACUGGAGUUCCCGCUAUGCUAUGGGCCUGGACAGUCAAGUCCCAAGCCAGGACUGUGCCUGGCGGAGCUGAGGCUUGACCCCUUUGACUCUGGCCUACUGCUCCAGGUGGACACCGGGCUUCUAUUCACUCCAGCUCAGAAGCUUAGAAAGCAAAAGUUUGUCACUCAGGGCCUGAGAUCGUCAUCUGGCUAACAGCUGCUGACAGAGCUCCAGGUGGCUUUUUAAGGAAGGAGGGGAUAAAGCAGAGGAAGGCCCACAGUGACAUGGAAAGAAAGCAACCACACAUAAGUGACCCCAGAACCCAGCUGACCCUCUCUGGCCCAUCCAUGAUCAGCUGCUACGGCUGUCCUCAGAUGUAACGUUAGUGCCGCCCAGCUAUAACCACCAAUAAAACCCUGCCACUGGCUUGCAGACCCGA